GUAUGCUGUUGGUGGCGUUCCAUUCGAUUUGCACUGUACGUUUCAGUCUAAGCAAAAUCUUCGCCAACGACGGUCGCUUUCUGCUCGUUCUAUCCCUUGGUUCGGUCGUCGAUACGAAACCGCUGUGGCUGGGUGCGCGCGUGUUGUGGCAACGAAAGCACUUUCUUUCCGAUUACGCGAUUUUACUUUAUUUAUUUCAAUUUAUUUUUGAUUAUUUUUCGAUUUGGUGAAAUGACACAGUGACUAAACAUUGGCUAAUUUGUGGUUACUAAAUGCUUUGCUACAAACGACUGGGACGUCCCUUAAUAUUUUUUUGUGAGCAAAUUGUAUUAUUUGUCUUGUGAUUUUUCCUUGUUUUUCAACUACUUUUGUGGUCGCUAAAAUAAUGCCGACUCGAAGUUUGUGAAAGUGAAAACUUAUGUGCACACAUUGUUUUUGUAAAAGUUUACUACGUACAAAUUGUUAUUGUCGUUGCAACGGUAACUCCAAAGCAUAGUCUCUUUUCGCUAAGAAAUAAAUUGUCUUAAAAGUGUUUGGAACCCAAGUUAGAUGCUUAGAAAAAGUGCCAAAUUUUCAAAUUGAAGAUGGAAAAAUUGAAUUGAAGAUUAAAAAAAAAAAUUAUUAAAAAAAAUUAUUGUUAAUCAAAAUUUUUAUUAAAAAAAUAAUUCUUAAAAAAGAAAAAAUUAUUAAAAAAAAUAAUUUAAAAAAAUAAUAAUAAUUACUAAAAAUCAAAUAGCCUCCUUGACGCGUGUAAGUUAAAAGCUUAAGAGUUCAUUUACCUUAAGCCAAAUAGUGCUAGAAAUUCCAGCGUACUGCAUUUUUCCAACAAGCGUUUGUUUUUGUAUUGCACCGCUUUAACAGUCUUUUAUUUUCGCCACGCAUUUUGUUGUUGCCGAAAUACUUACGGCUUAGCACACGAGAAAAAAGUCCAGUUUUUCGCUGAACACACAUACACACAAUAGCAAGUUACAAACCGCUUGGACUUAGCCGCCACUCUGUCCAGCGGCGCUACUCAACAACAAGAAUUCAGUGUGUACAGCCUUUGUCACAAAAUUGGACACACUAGCGGCUAGAGCGUCGAAAAUUCGCAAUUAGCAUUGUAGUGCAGCACGUGUGAACAACAACAGCAAGGAAAGCCAGAAAAGCAGGAACAACAACAACAAAAAAGCAGUGCUAGCAGCAGCGCAGCUGGGCACGACAUCUCCAAGUACUCCAAACUCCGAACUGAUAAAUUCCAACUCCAGCCUAUAAACUGCCUGCAGCUUACGACUGCCUGCCAAUAACAACAACAGCGUCCACUUCCUUGCUUCCUGUGCGCAAAAUACCGGUAUUUUGGUGAAGUCACCUCCUCCGCUUCGCCAAACUGCUUGGGUACGUCGGCGUACGCUACGUCAAAGUGUGCCGCCUAUAUUGAGAAGCAUAGCUGUUUGGAUUUCUGCAUCACCUCACUGCCUGCGCCUGCAAAGUGAUGAUCUGCGUAUGCACGUCUUCGCCCGCAACGAAUGCAACGAAAUAAAAUAACAACAAAGCACACACACGCUUGAAAAUUGGGAAAUCAAAGAACUUUACUAAAACAGACACUGGCAAGAAAUAAGUGAAAAACAAAAAAAAAAAUAAAUACAAAAUAAUUUUAAGCAUUUUUUACGCAAAAAUCUAAACAAAACAAGGAGAUUUGAUUAAAUAAAUAAAAACAAAAAUAAAUAAAUCAAACAAAACAAGCAAGUGAAAGAAAGUGUUAAAACACAACAAACAACAUAAAUAUUUUACAACAAAAUCAUUAUAAAAGCGUUUAAAACUGUAAAUAAAAAUCGCACACACCAGCAACAUGUCAACGAGCAACGAUAUAGUCAGCGCUGAGGCGGCACCAGCCAGCGCGUUGCCAAUGUCGCAAAUGCCCGCUGCACCGACGCCAGCAAACGAUCAGUAUCUGCCAGCCACACAUCCAUAUUUUCAUCAUUGCAAGCAGCAGCAACAACAACAACAGCAAAAGCAGCAACAAUUGCUGCUACAACAUCAACAGCAAUCAACGCAGCAAUCACAACGUUGUGUUAUGCGCAUACCAAUGCAGCAACACAUGACCACAACUCAACAACAACAACAACAACUGUCGCUGCAACAACAGCAGCAGCAGCCAACCUACGCCGCACCAAAGCCACAACAAUAUCAAUACCACAACAACAGCGCAAGUAUGCAUGCGAACCACGUUGGCAACCAUGUAAAUGCCGGUGGCAAUAUGCCGUUAUACGGUGCCGCCAGCAGCAGCAUUGGCGUUGCUGGCGCUGAGCUGAGCAAAAGCGGCGGACCGACAGUUACAUUCGACGAAUUCACCGAAUUCUACUGGCCACACGAUAGCAAGCAACAGCAGCAACAUCAAGCACAACAAAAACAGCAGCAACAACAACAACACCAACAGCACGCAACACCGCACAAUAAUUGCAAUAAUAUUGAUAUUGGCGGUGUAGAUGUCGGCAUAAGUGCCGUGGCGCUCAACGAAGCCAGCAUCGCCGCCGCCGCUAAUGUCAGCACCUCAAGCACUGGUGGUCGCACCUUCAUCACGCCCGCCGACAUACCGCCGCCACCGCCACAUCCGCCCAACAUGACGGCACGCAAACGGCACCUUGGCGUCAGCAAGAGUGUUGAGGAGCGUUCAACGCGCGAUGCUGGACGCUGUCAAUGCGAACAUCCGAUUGAGUUUGUGGCACAGCAGCAACAACAACAAUUGCAACCAGCACAGCUGCCACAAGUGAGCUUGCAACAGCAACAGGCACAUCAGUCAUACGGCAGUCAUCACAGUGUUUACCUGCCAACGCAGCAGCAACCUCUACAACAACUACAGCAACAGCAAACACAGCCAACAUAUCGCCCACACACGCUGAACCAGUGUGCACACAAUAGUGAUUACAAUCACUUGCCACCGCCGCCGCCUGCCACACUGACACGUGCCGAUUCGCAUCGCAGCCAUCACAACCUGAUGGCCGUCGCCAGUUCUUCGUACUACAAAAAUCGCUUCUUCGACGAUGCGCCACUGCCACCGCCCUCGCAUCUCUCCACGUCAUCGCUCUCCUCGAAGACUACUUUCGAGACGCGUCAACUGAAGAAUCUGGGCUACUCUCCGAUGAAAAUACGCAAAUUGCGCAUCAUACUUGGCACCAUCGCGGCGCUCGUCAUUAUCGCCCUACUCGCUGUGGCUUUAACGUUCAUCAUCAAAGCUGGGGAUGAUGAUGAUGUGACACCACAGGAAAAUGAUAAUGGCCUACAUUUGGAUGAGGUCAUUACGGGGGCAUUAUCAGCGCAUCGCUUCAAUGGUACAUGGACGCCGCAAUCGCGUAUACUCUUCCGAGAAAACAAUAAUCCACUUCAAUUGCAGUCGAUUGUCGAGUACGAUGUGAAGACGAAAAAGAAACGAGUGCUGCUGUAUGAUGAGCACCGUCAGUACUCGCUCUUCGAGAUGUCCGCCGAUCGUGAGCUGCUAUUGUUGGCCAAAAAUUUGUCCAAAUACUUCCGUCACAGCUUCUUUGCGCAGUACGACAUUUACAACAUCACAUCCGGUCAAAUACUGCCGCUGAUGAUCAAUGGCGUGCAACAGCUGUUGCUCUUUGCGCAGUGGGCGCCCGUCGGCAACGGGCUGAUUAUCAAUUUCGAACGUAAUCUUUACUAUAAGCCAACCGCCUAUGCGGAAGCAAUUCCGCUGACAAGUGACGAGAGUAUCGCCAUCUUGAAUGGCAUACCCGAUUGGGUGUAUGAAGAGGAGGUGUUUAGCACAAACAUCGCCACCUGGUUCAAUCCGACCGGCACACAUAUCGCAUUCAUCAAAUUCGACGACUCACCAACACACGCCAUCAAUUUGCCCAUCUACGGUGAGGCGAACGAACCACGCUUUCAAUAUCCACUCACCAAAUUUAUACCGUAUCCGAAGGCGGGCUCCUCGAAUCCGCGUGUCAGUCUCUAUACGGCCGAUUUGGCGCGCGCGGCUAAAGGUUUAGAUUUUCUCACGCAGAUUCCGGUGCCCAGCUCGCUAAACACCGAGACCGAUUAUAUCAUCUCAGCGGUCGAAUGGUUAGAUAGUGAACGUGUACUCUCCGUAUGGAUGAAUCGCAUACAAAAUCUGGCAUAUCUGCAGGUGUUUGAUGGUGUGCGUCGACUAGAGAUCUAUAAUAUCGAGUCGAAGACUGGUUGGGUGAAUUUGUUUACGCCACCCUUCAAGAACCGCGACGGUUCACGCAUAGCCUUAGUACUGCCACAGCUACAGGACGAUCAGACUUACUAUCGUCAAAUCUGCACACUUUCGACGAAAACGGCAGGUGGCGCUGUAGAAACACUAACAAAAGGUAAGUUUGUUGUGGAAGGUAUACUACAUUGGGAUGCGGCUAGCGAUGUCAUAUUCUAUAUGGCUAAUACCGAGCAACAAUCCCAAGUGGCGCAUGUGUAUGCGAUCAAAGCAGAAACCGGGCGUACACCACAGUGCCUCACAUGUGGGCUGCAUGUAUCGGGCGACGUGCAGCAAACAUACUAUGAGGUUUCGUUCAGUCACGAACGCCAAAUGGUGAUCACUUCGGAUGGUCCCGGCAUACCGAUGACUGUGUUAUAUGAAUGGAACUGGGAAAAUGAUCAAGUGGUGCUUAAGAAGGUCAUUGAUUGGGAAUUGAAUACCGAACUACGUGCGAAACUGAAACUGAAAGCUAUGCCCACCUAUGAAAUACAUACCUUCCCUAUAGCGGGAAACUUUACUGCCAAAGUGUUGCUACAAUUGCCACCCAAUCUCGAUCGUAGUGGCAACACUAAAUAUCCACUACUAGUGGACGUCUAUGGUGGACCCGACUCUACCUCGGUGCUUGAUCGUUGGAUGAUUGACUGGGGCACCUACCUCUCAUCAAACCAGUCUGUGAUUUAUGCCAAGAUUGAUGGACGCGGUUCCGGCUCACGUGGUGAUAAACUAUUGCAUUCGGUGUAUUUAAAAUUGGGCACUGUAGAGAUCACCGAUCAAGUUGAUGUAACCAGACAACUGCAGCAGAAAUUUUCAUUUAUCGAUGCCAAUCACACAGGCAUCUGGGGUUGGAGUUAUGGCGGCUAUGCGGCCGCCAUGGCUCUGGCCAAUGACGAAAGCCAAGUGUUCCGUUGUGCCGCUUCUGUGGCACCAGUAACCGAUUGGGCUUACUAUGACUCCAUUUACACUGAACGCUACAUGAGUCUGCCCAAAUUGAACGAAGCUGGUUACGCGAAUUCUCAACUCACCACACGCGCACAGCGUUUGCGCGGCAAGAAAUUCAUGCUGAUCCACGGCACUCUCGACGACAACGUGCACUACCAACAGGCUAUGGUUUUAGCGAAGAAUCUGGAGAGAUUGGAUAUUCUGUUUAAGCAAAUUAGCUACACCGACGAAGACCACAGCUUGGCCUCGGUGCGCCCGCAUUUAUAUCACUCGUUGGAUCGUUUCUUCGGCGACUGCUUCGGCAACAAGCGCAUGAUGUCGCGCUGGAAUGGCAAAUGAUUGUAUCGUCAUAACAGCAACAACAACAGCAAGAGGACGAACAAACAAGGUAUAUAGCGAAGGCAAAAAGCACGAAAAGAAAAGAAGACAGAAAGCUAAUAUCAGAGUCAGAAAGAUGACUCAACCACAGACAAUAUCGGUGUGAAUUAAAAUUGAAAUUAAUAAUAAUUAGGAAAAAACAGAAACAACAAAUAACUAGCGGGUGAGAAACACGCGCAAGUGAAAGCACACCAAUAAGUGAAAAAAUAUUCGCAAUUCAAAAAAUGAAGCAUAUGCGUAGGCGAACGAAUUUUUGUACUUAAUAAACAAAUGUAAGUGUAAGCAAUUUUUUUUUUAGUUUUAAUUUUAAAAUAUAUAAAUACAUACAUACAUACAUGCAUACGUAUAUACAUACAUACAUAGAAGAGCUGAGAUAGCAUUUAACUACUACUAGUGUCUCAAAUUAACGCAAACAAACAACAAAAUUAGAGCGCAUUAACAUGACUAUUUACGCAAAAUACAUACAUAGUUACAUAUACGCACACAUACAUAUGUGGCGAUGAGGUUUAAAGUAGACAAAUUUUAUUAGCAUUUAAUAAAAUUAUUAUAAAUAGAUUUAAGGGAAGGAAAGCAAAACCAAGAAGAAAAAACAGAAAAAUAGAAUUAAGGAAAGCAAAAAUAUUAAAAAAAAAACAGACAAAGAAACUUAGUUUCACACACAUAGCGUUAUGAAAAGAACAUUUUAACGUAAACACACAAAGGAAGGGCGAUGAAAGUUAUUUUUUUGAAUUUUUGGAAAGCACGCAAUUCCAAAACAAAAUUUAUGUUUUAUACACAUACAUACAUACAUGCAGACAUAUGUACGCAGACAUAUAUAUGCAAGGCUUGUAGUUGUAGUUGGUAGAAAUUAAAAAUUUUUUUGUUUUAAUUUUUAUUAAUAUUUCGUUAAAUUUUUUAAAAUAAUUUUUAAAAUUGUUUUAAAAUUUCGUAGUUAUUUUCGUUACUUAUAUAAAAUUUUGUCUUCCGUUAGUGUCAGUUACAAUUUUACAUGUUUUCAUAGGUUUAUUUAUCGAUACAGCAGCACACACACUUAUAUGAAAGCACACAUUUUAAAACAAAAACUUUUGUGAAAAAAUAACAAAGUUUUGUGAAAAAGCUACAAAUUUCGUUUAAAAAACGCACACACUUUAAAAAACAUUUCACACUUUUAAACCUUUUUUUUUUUAAAUAGCAAAUUUUUGUUUAAAAAACACACACACUUUUAAACAAAUUUUUUUGUGAAAAUUACAAAUUUUUGUUUACAAAAAAAGCACACCGUUUUACACAAAAAUUUUUGUUAAAAUAAAAACCGAAUGUUAUUUAACAAAAACAACCUUUUUACAACAAAUUAUUUUAAAAUAUUUUUUAAUUUGCUUUUUCUUUAUUUUUAGAAAUUCUUUUAAUAUCAUGCUGUAUAUAGUAGCUUAGAAACCAAUUUACUAACACUAAUUAGAUUAAAAAACUUUAAUUUAAGUCAAAUAAAUAUUAAACAAUAGCGGCGCCGACUAUUUGUCUAAAAACAAUAUUUUUAUAUUCAUUUUUAUUAUUUUUUUAUUAUUAUAUUAUUAUUAUUUUUUAUUAUUAUUAUUAUAUUUUUUUUUUUGAAUUUAUUUAUUUAUUUUUUUUUGCGUUAUUUAUUAUUAUUUUUUAUUGUUUUCAUGAAAAAAUUAUUGCUUAUUUAUUUUUUAUUUUUAUUAUUAUUAUUUUUUUUUUUAUUUUUUUGAAUUUAUAUAUUAAUUUUUUUUUAUUUUUUGCGUUAUUUAUUAUUUUUUUCUUAUUGCUUGCUAAAAAAACAAUUUUGGCUUACUUAUUUUAUUUUUUUUAUUACUAUUAUUUUACAAAAAAAAUAUGUUAAUAAUAGCAGUUUUAUAUAUGUACUUUUUUGCAAAAUUUUUCUACUUUUUACUGAACUAUUACUAUUUUAAAAUUUGAAUUUUUUUUAAUUUUUUUAAUGGAAAUAUUUUUUAUAUACACAUUUUUUCAAAUAUUUUUUAUGGUUAUUUUUGUUGGCAUUCAAUUCUGCAUUUUUUUGCAUUUUUCUAAAAGCAAAAUGCAAAAUUUUACGAAAGGAGUGAUUAAUUUAUGCUUAAAGCAUUUUUUAAAACCAAAUAUUUUUAUUAUUUUUUUUGUAGGCAUUUAAGUCUGCAUUUUUUGGAAAUUUUCUAAAAGUAAAAUGCAAAAUUCUACAAAAAAAAACUUUCAGCAUUUUUUUCCAAAAGCAAAAUGCUAAAUUUUUAUUCAAAAAUAUAUCGAAAGAAAUUUUUUAAUUUUUUGCUUUAAAAAAUUUUUUGAAACCAAAAUAUUCUUAUAUUUUAUUUUUUUUGGCAUUCAAAUCUACUAAUAAAAUUUCUUUAAAAAAAAAUAUUUAAACAAAAAAAUAUUAUUAUUUUUUUUUUGGAAGGAAAUAUUUUGUACUAACACUUUAAAAAAAAAAAUGUUUUUAUUUAAAGAAAAAAAUAAAAUAAAAUAUUUUUUUUUAUUUAAUUUUAUUUUUGUUGGCAUUCAAAUCUGCUAACAAAAAUAAGUUUAAAUUGCAAAAUAUGCAAGUAAAACAAGUAAUUUACUUAAUAUUACAAGCAUAGCUGUUACAAUGAAGCAAAUAUUCUAAAAACCAAUAUGAGCAACAUCACAAAAUAAAAAAAUAAAAAUUCAAACACAAAACACUUCCGAAGCACAGCCAAAGCGGCAGUAGAAAGCGGAGCAAACAGUGAAAAAGUUGAAAUUUUUUGUAUUUUGCAGUUGGCUUGCAAGAAACAAAUAACUGUAAAAUACUAGUUUGUGCCAAAACAGCAAAACAAUUUUUUAUAGCAAUAUUACAACAACAAAAGUAAUAAUUAGCAUAUACACGAAUUUCAAAAAUAAACGAAAAAGUAAAUUAAAAGAUAUUUUUAACACAAAACACACAUUUUGUAUGAAAAAAAACAAAAAUACAAAAAAAAAUCAAACACAAAAAAAUCAAAUAAAA